AUGAGGCCCGACGCGGGAUCAAUUGACCUUGGACCGAUCGACGUUCGAUCCUCGAGGCCUCCAGUGAAGGAGGGCGAGGUCGAUCGCAACAAGCGGCGAGAGUCUGCGGAGAAGCAGAAGUCCGCAUUGGACUUGAAAAAGAAAAAUGAGAAGAAGAAGAAGAACCUCGAGCGCCAAGCACUGGAGGCGCGCCGAUCGAAAUCCAGGCAGAGGGGGGAGCCUGAGGAAGAGUCCCCUGAUGAGGACGAUGGCAGCGACGGUGACGACAACAGUGACGACUUCGAGGGGAUGGCGUCCCGUCUUGACAGGAUCCUCGAGGGUCUGCCUCGAGCCGGCGCCGACGCCCCGUGGACGGGAGCACCAAAAGAGGGGCUAAGCGGGUCUCUUGAGAAGCAACAGAGGGAGUCGUCCCCUCACCGCUCCCGUGCUGAUACCCCUCCCGCGCCUGUGCGGGGUCGGUUGAAACGGACGCUCGAGCAGGCUCAGCCCUCGAUGGCUAAAAGGCUCAAGGUGGGAGCGGCCUCCAAGGAUUCAGGCUCCUCCGAUCCUCGGCCGUCGACUGGCAUCGAGGGCGCCAAUGCGGCGAUGCGGGUUGAAGCGCCCCGUCUCCCAGAGCUGGAGGGAGCCCCCGAGCCUCCUCGAUCGGGGGUCGAGGCAGAUCCUAUCAUUAUAAGUGAUGGGUCUGGCGGCGACGGGCCUCCGAGGGACGCCCGCCCUAUGGAUGAGGAGGUCGAGGCCUCUCCCAUCGCGAAGCGAACACCUUGGCCCAUCGGGCUCCACUCUGUCGAGGAGCGGAGGAAGAAGGAGGAAGAGGAGCGUGAGCAGGAGACGCGGCGACAGCCGCAGGAGGAGCAACAGCCGCAGCAGAAAGAACGAGGGGAGGGGCAGCCGCCAGCGGGUCCCCAGCUCGAGGAGUUGCUGGAGCAGGACCAUCAGCAGGAGCUGCAGGAGCUCCAAGAGCAGCAGCAGCAGAGGGGCCAGCAGUUAGAGGAUCUGCUCAAGCCUCGCUCUCACAGCCCGCCCCAACCAGUGCCACCAGCGCCGCAAGAGCCUGGAAGCGGGGAGGAGAGUCUACCAGUUUACGGUCCUCCGACCCCUGCGUGGCUCCGUCCAGGGGCGCUCGCUUCGAUCCCAGCUGAGCCGGGGCGGGCGGACGAGUACACAGAGUACACUCAUGCAUAUCAAUACCAUGAGGACAAGGGAGAAGUUUACACUGCAUUCCAACUGGUUUCAAACUCCUUCAAGCUGCUGUAA